AUGGCUGGGUCAGGUAGAGGAAGAGGACGCGCUGUGUUUACCUUCAACAUCGAGGCUAUUGGCUUUGCUAAAGGUGCAGCUCUACCUGAUGUCAUGUGUAAGCCACCACCACCAUUUCCUAGUACAGACAAUAAGCCAGUGCCUCUGAAAACAGGAGAAGAUGAAGAUUACAUGUUGGCCUUAAAACAAGAUCUUAGAGGAACUAUGAAAAAAACGCCCUAUUUUUUGGCAGUAGAAGAAGAUCGUGAAGCAAUUGAGAGAUACAGUAAAAAGUACCAGGACAGUGAAAAGGAGCAUGCAACAUGGACCCCAGAUUGGAGGAGACUCCCAAGAGAGAUGAAGCCAAAGAAAAAGACCAAGAAAGCAGGUGCAAAACCAAAAAAGGCCAAAAGCUCUGAGCCUAAAAGUAAUCUGGAUGUAUUGAAAAAAAUUGAGGAGAUUGCCUUGUGACAGGAGUUGGAAAAGAAGGAUGACGAAGAAGAAAAAUCUGAAGAUGAGAAAGACAAAACAAAAGACAAAGAAGGUGAAGAUGAUGAAGAAGCAGAAGAACCAGAGGAAUAUGAUGAAGAAGAGCAUGAAGAGGAAAAUGACUACAUUUCUUCAUAUUUUGAAGAUGGAGAUGACUUUGGUGCUGGCAGCGAUGACAAUAUGGAUGAAGCAACAUACUAG